AUGAGCAGUAUUAUUCAAGCAAAACAGUUUCUGAGCACUGAAUUCAAAAUGAAAGACCUAGGUGAGUUGAAAUAUUUCCUAGGUAUUGAAGUUGAUAGGAAUGAUCAAGGUAUUUUCUUAUCUCAAAGAAAAUAUGUUGCAGAUCUUCUUGAAGAUUAUGGGCUAAUGGACUGCAAACCCCUGAAAUUGCCCAUGGACACUCAUGUGAAGCUUCUUACAAGCUCAGGAGACAUACUACCUAAUCCUGAGUUGUAUCAAAGGCUGAUAGGAAAGCUUAUCUACCUGACCAUCACAAGACCAGACAUUGCAUACACUGUGCAUGUCUUAAGUCAAUUCAUGCAUGCUCCCACUACAGUGCACUUUCAAGCUGCAAAAAGGGUACUUAGAUACCUAGCUGGUUCCAGAGAACAGGGCAUUCUUCUAGCCAGUAAAUCUGCAGCAAAACUACAAGCUUACUGUGAUAGUGACUGGGGAGGUUGUCCUAAUACAAGAAGAUCAACAACUGGCUUUUGUAUCAUGCUUGGGAACUCACCUCUCACAUGGAAAUCUAAGAAAAAAUCUGUGGUGGCUAGGUCUACAGCAGAAGCAGAGUGUAGGGCUCUUGCCAUGACUGUAUGUGAAGUCAUUUGGAUCAAACAGCUUCUUAAAGAUCUUGGGUUGAAAAAUUUGAACACUACACCUAUUUUUUGUGACAAUCAGGCAGCAUUAGCCAUAGCUUCUAACCCAGUACACCAUGAGAAGACCAAGCAUGUAGGGAUUGAUUGUCACUUCAUCAGAGAUCAAGUGGGUUCAGGAGGUGUUCUUCCUACAUAUGUACCUAGUGCACAGCAAUUAGCUGAUGUACUCGCUAAAAUUUUAACAACUGAGCAACAUCAGACCCUUCUAUUCAAGCUGGGAGUUCUACAAUCCUCUCCACUCUCAGCUUGA